AUGGUCAAGAUCAAGAGCAUUGAAUACUUCCGAGUGUUGCCUCGAUGGCUCUUCGUCAAGAUCACUGAUGAAGAAGGCAAGUUUGGAUGGGGCGAAAGCACCCUUGAAGGCCAUACCGAGGCCGUGGAGGGCACCUUGAACGCUCUAUGUAAGAGAUUCGAGGGCUAUGAAGCCGACAACAUCGAACACAUCUGGCAAAUGGCAUGGCGUCUCGGCUUUUAUCGAGGUGGUCCUGUGUUCAUGUCUGCCAUCUCUGGCAUCGAUAUUGCGCUUUGGGAUCUGAAGGGCCGCCGACUGGGUGUGCCUGUCUACCAGCUCUUGGGAGGCAAAGUGCGAAACAAGCUCUCAGUCUAUGCUUGGAUUGGCGGUGAUCGGCCAGCGGAUGUUGGAGCAGCGGCGGAGGCCCGUCGAGCACAAGGGUUCAAAGCCGUGAAGAUGAAUGCAACAGAGGAUGUCAACUGGCUUGAUUCCCCAGCAGUAUUGGAUUCCAGCGUUGAGCGACUGAAGACCGUAAAGGCCCUCGGCAUGGAUGCAGCACUGGAUUUCCACGGCCGUCUCCACAAGCCCAUGGCUAAGCAAUUGGCCAAGGCACUUGAGCCACACCGUCCUCUGUUCUUAGAGGAGCCACUCCUUUCAGAACACCCGGAGGCUAUUAAGCAGCUCUCUGAAUACGUUUCGUGUCCCAUUGCUCUCGGUGAGAGGCUUUACAGUCGCUGGGAUGUGAAACGAUUCUUGGAGGAUGGCAGUGUGGACGUUCUUCAGCCUGAUAUCAGUCACUGCGGUGGUAUCUCUGAACUCCGACGCAUCGCCAACAUGGCUGAAACGUACGACGUUGCUAUUGCGCCUCACUGCCCGCUUGGACCGCUUGCUUUGGCGGCCUGUAUGCAGGUCGAUCUUUCCAUUCCGAACUUUGUCAUUCAAGAGAUGAGCAUUGGAAUGCACUACAAUCUGGAAGCUGGUGAAUAUGAUAUCACGAGUUAUGUGAAGGAUCCCAAGGUUUUUGAUGUCCAGGAUGGCUACGUGGAGGCCUUGGAAGCACCGGGAUUGGGUAUCGAGAUCGAUGAGGAUGUUGUGCGUCGUGUUGCCGAAAACACACCGGCCUGGCAGCCUAAAGAGUUCUAUGGCCCCGACGGCUCUAUCCGAGAGUGGUGA